AUGUAUGAUGAUUUUGUUUUAAAACAUCCAAAUAUAUGUAAAGUUUAUAGGAAAAUUCUAAAAGAGAUGAAUAUUUCUCUUCGGCAACCUAAAUCAGAUAUUUGUGAAGAGUGUUCAUCUUUAAAAAACAUUCUGGAAAACGCAGGUGAUGACAUCAUUCAAAAUCAAUUCGAUUCUCACCGUACUAAAGCUGCGAAGGCAAACGUGGAAUAUAAAAAAGAUUCGAACGAAGCAGCAGCUGCAAGUGCAACAAAUAAACGAAUUUACUCUAUGGAUCUACGAAAAGUGAUUAUUUUACCUAUACAGUAUAAUCUAAUUUAUUUAGAAACAAAUCCAUCGCAAAGACAAUUACUGUGUUUUGAUAUAGUAUACUUCAUUUUUUUAAAAGGAAAUCCCAUGCAAAACCAUUAUUUUACCUGCCGCACUAUUUGUAUAACAACUUAUCCUCUUCAAAUAACGUUAAAAACAAUACUUGAGGUUAUAGCUAACCAACUUUAA